UACUCUUGUGCACGGGGUAAACUCAACGCGGCGGGGACCAGACGGCAGCGCGAUAGCGCGGGCCCAAGUCGGGGCCAGGGCUGGCAGAGAUCGGCCGGGCUGCAGUUGGGACGGGUCCGGCCCCCACCAAGUGGGCGCGUCCUGAGCGAGACCUGAGGCACGGCCUGGCGUCCCCUCCAGUCGUCGCCAUGAUCAUCCCUGUCCGUUGCUUCACUUGCGGGAAGAUCGUCGGCAACAAGUGGGAGGCCUACCUGGGACUGCUGCAGGCCGAGUAUACCGAGGGGGAUGCCCUGGAUGCACUGGGUCUGAAACGCUAUUGUUGUCGCCGUAUGCUACUGGCACAUGUUGACCUGAUUGAGAAACUGCUCAACUAUGCACCCUUGGAGAAGUGACCGCUGGAUAAGAUUGCUAUCCUUUGAUCAUGGUGGAUACAUGUCCUGCUGAGUUCAAGCUGAGGCUUGAAGAUGUGGGAGCAAAAUUGGGCCACAAGCAUGUGGGCACAAUACUCUAGAAAGAAUCCAGUAAAGGUCUUUGGAGAAUUA